AAUAAGCCGGAAGUGGCUGACCGUCAUGGCAGCUUUUUCAGAUAAAUUGGAAGUUCAUUCUUAAAUUUAUGUCCAACUAUUAAAGUGAUAAAUACAAUUAGCACUUUCCAUGCAUUUUAUCUGCCCUCCCAAGACGUGUUAAAAUGAGUUUGUUAAAAGAAAAUCAAGACAUUGCUUGUUAUUUUAUAACAAAGCACUCAUGGAAGGGAAAGUACAAGAGAAUUUUUUCUGUGGGAACUCAUGGCAUAACAACUUAUAAUCCUCAAUCUAUGGAAAUAACUAAUCAGUGGCCAUACAAUGAGUUUAUUAGUAUUGUACCCACAGUCAAAGCCCCAUCCAAUAGUGAAUUUGUUAUUACCAUGCGUAAAGGCAAAAAAACAGACAACAUGAAGUUUUCUACAGAUCAUAGAGCAGAUCUUUUAACAGAAGCUCUGAGAUUCAGAAAUAAAUUUGCGGAAGUAAACACGACAACGAAAAGAUUUAAUGCAUAUAAACUACACUGGUCUGACAAUCGUGUUCCGCUAAUACUAGAAAUCAACCAUGGUUCGUUAGACCAGAUAGACCCGGCUACAAAUAAAGUUAUAUGUUCGUAUGAUUAUAAAGAUAUUGAAGGUUUAGCUCAGAUAUCUGAUGUGCCUGGUGGUGUGGCUAUUAUAUAUGGUGGAUUUAGUCGACUGCAUUUUUUCUCUCUAGAACAAAAAGAUGACUUAAUAAAAAAUAUAAUGGAGAGUGGAGCUAAUUAUGUUGGUGUUGCCAUAAAACAAAGAAAGGACCCGAUCACCUUUGAACAAGCUCAAACUCGUCGUAUGGGAAAAUAUAGUUCUGAUGAAGCUCUUACAUCUUAUGCUGAGUUUACUGUGCAGAAAAUUUCUAUACGUCAUUCAGAUAAUGUACGACGGACACUCUGUCUUACAGAGACAUGUCUUGUUGAAAGAGAUCCAGCUACAUAUAAUAUUGUUACACUUAAACCACUAUGUGAUGUCUUUGCUUUAAUUCGCCAUCCUGAUAAUCCUCAGAAAUUUAGUAUAGAAUAUGUUAAAGGUACAAUUAGAACAUAUUUAUCAACUGAUAGGGAUGCAUUGAUAGCAUCUAUUUUAGAUGGUGUAAGAGCAUCUGGUAAUAGAGAUGUAUGUGUUAGAAUGACAUCAACCUAUCGGGGAUUUAGAUUAGGUCCAUUCACAGUACCUGUAGAUGAAGAAGUAGAAAGUCAACAUUUAAAGUUUAUACAGCAACCGUCAGGUGGAAUGUCGUUUGAUGAAGCCGUACACAGAUUUAAUGCUAAUGUAUCAUAUAGUGGUUUACUUCAUGCUGUUACACAAGAUGGUUUAUUUGCUAAGAAUAAAGAGAAGUUAAUUAAUGCAGCUUUAACUGGUUUAUUGGAGAGAGAAGGAGAUCAAUCUACUAUUAGUAACGAACAAUUACAGGCACAGUUUCAAGCUUUACGUAGACUUGUUGCAUCUAAGGCAGGAUUUUCAGCUUUUAUUACAUUACCCAAAAUGAGAGAAUGUGUGGGUUUAAAGACAAUUAAAGCUUUUAAAAGAAAUAAUGAUGGUGUAACGCAUGCUGCCAUAGAUAUGUUAUGUGCCCUGAUGCAGCCAAUGCACGAUGAUUAUGAUUUACGUCAGGAACAAAUGAAUAAAACAUCUUUACUCUCAUCUAGAAAAUUUUUACAAGAACUUCUUGAAGUCUUCCAUUCCCACGUGGUCCAUAGUACCGGUGCUUUAGUUAUAUCAGCAAUGCUAGAUUUCUUGACCUUUUCUCUCUGUGCACCAUACAGUGAAACAACAGAUGGUAGCCAUUUUGACACAUUAUUAGAAAUGGUGGCUGCAAAUGGUAGAAUUAUUUUUAAAUUAUUUCAGCAUCCAUCAACAGCCAUUGUAAAAGGUGCAGGAAUGGUGAUGAAAGCUAUCAUUGAGGAGGGAGAUGCUGAAAUAGCUGCGAAGAUGCAGGAUCUUGCUUUAGCUGAGGGUGCAUUACCUAAACAUCUCCAUACUGCAAUGUUUACACAGAGUAAUGAUAGUAGAAUGCUAACAAAUAGACAACUUAGUCGUCAUUUAGUGGGAUUAUGGGUAACUGGACAUCCUACUGCUAUGGGUUUAUUACGUAGAAUUAUACCAAGUGGACUUUUAGCAUAUCUUGAUUCAUCUGAUAAAGUUCCAGUAAAUGAGGUUGAUAAAUUACAUGUCAGAGAUAAUGUUAAACUAGCUCAGUCAGAACAAAAUAAAAAUCGAAGAAAUCCUCAACUUGUGAUAUUAGAGAAAAAAGUUGAUGAAUUUUUACAACAUUGGAAAUCUCGAAUGGGUGUAGAAAAAACAAAACAACAAAACGACCGUCCUGUUGUUCUACGGAAACGAAGAGAAAGAAUAAAAAGUGAGGCCAACUGGAAACUUUUUUAUUACUAUUUUAAUCAAGAUCAUGCAAAACCAAAUUUAAUAUGGAAUUAUAAGACUAGAGAAGAGUUACGUGAUGCAUUGGAAAAUGAAAUGAGGGCUUUUACUGUUGAUAAAGAAUUAGGGCAGUCAUUUGUUAUUGGUUGGAAUCACCAGGAAUUUGAAGUACCUUACAUCUGUCUUAGUGAAGAAAUUAAAAUAGGUGAUUAUUAUUUACGUCUGUUGUUAGAAGAGGAUGAAAAUGAAUCAGAAGAAACUAGUGCAAUCAAAAAAUCAUAUGAAUUUUUUAAUGAUCUUUAUCAUCGGUUUUUAUUAACACCUAAAGUUAAUAUGAAGUGUAUGUGUUUACAAGCUAUGACUGUUGUGUAUGGUAGAUGUUAUGAAGAAAUUGGUGCUUUUAAUGAUACACGAUAUAUUGUUGGAAUGUUAGAACGGUGUACAGAUAAAUUGGAAAGAGAUAGAUUAAUAUUUUUUCUACAUAAACUGAUACUUCAUCCAAGAAAUGUCAAAGAAAUCAUGGAUGCUAAUGGUGUCAAGAUUUUAGUUGACCUAUUGACCUUAGCUCAUUUGCAUACUUCUAGAGCAACUGUUCCAUUACAAACAAAUGUUAUAGAAGCAGGACAGGAUAUGAAGAGAGAAAAUGAAAAAGAAUGGUAUUAUGGGAAUGCUGAAAAAGAGAGAUUAGGUCCAUUUAGUUUUGAAGAAAUGAAAGAAUUUUGGAGUGAAGGAAUUAUUCAUGCUAAGACACGUUGUUGGGCUCAAGGUAUGGAUGGUUGGCGACCACUGCAGACUGUCCCACAGUUAAAAUGGAUUUUAUUGGCUACAAGUCAGUCUGUAUUGAAUGAAAGUGAUCUAGCUACAUUAAUAUUAAAUAUGCUCAUUAAAAUGACAGAAUAUUUUCCUAGUCGUGAUGUAGAUGGUGCUGUAAUCCGACCUCUUCCUAAAGUUAAGCGUAUUUUAUCAGAUGCUACAUGUCUACCACAUGUUGUGCAGCUAUUAUUAACGUUUGAUCCAGUUCUAGUCGAGAAAGUAGCUACAUUACUCUUUCUGUUAAUGCAGGAUAAUCCUAGUGUCUCACGUUUAUAUUUAGUGGGCGUGUUUUUCUUUAUAAUGAUGUAUACAGGAUCAAAUGUUUUACCAGUGUCCAAAUUAUGUAAAUAUACACAUAUGAAACAGGCUUUCCGCUCAGAUGAGAACACCAGUUCAGAUAUUAUGAUGAGAAGUAUUCUGGGUCAUAUUUUACCCGAGGCAAUGGUCUGUUAUCUAGAGAACUAUUCUCCUGAAAAAUUUGCUGAGAUAUUUUUAGGAGAAUUUGAUACACCAGAGGCAAUUUGGAACAGUGAAAUGAGGCGUAUGAUGAUCGAGAAGAUAGCAUCACAUAUUGCUGAUUUUAGUCCACGUUUACAGAGUAAUACUCGAGCUUUAUAUCAGUACUGUCCUAUACCUGUUAUAAACUAUCCACAAUUAGAGAACGAACUAUUCUGCAAUAUAUAUUAUCUUAAACAUUUAUGUGAUACAACAAGAUUUCCUGACUGGCCAAUUAAAGACCCAGUACGUCUGUUAAAAGAUAUAUUGGAUGCAUGGAAGAAAGAGGUAGAAAAGAAACCACCUACCAUGUCCAUAGAAGAAGCCUAUACUGUACUUAAUCUCAAAUCUGGCGCAGGAGGACAUGAAGAAAAUGUGAUAAGAAAAGCUUAUUUUAAACUAGCUAAGAAAUAUCAUCCUGAUAAAAAUCCUGAUGGAAAGGAUAUAUUUGAGCAAGUGAAUAAGGCGUAUGAAUUUUUAUGCAGUAAAUCAAAGAUACAAGAAGGACCUGAUCCACAUAAUAUAGUUCUUAUAUUAAAAGCUCAAUCAAUACUCUUUAGUAGAUAUAAAGAUGUUCUCGAGCCAUAUAAAUAUGCUGGUUACCCAAUGUUGAUAAAGACUAUAAGAUUAGAGACUGGUGAUGAUAGUCUGUUUUCUAAAUCUGCACCAUUAUUAACAGCAGCUAGUGAGUUAGCCUAUCAUACAGUCAACUGUUCAGCUUUGAAUGCUGAAGAACUAAGAAGAGAAAAUGGCAUCCAGGUGUUACAAGAAGCAUUUGCCAGAUGUGUCAAUGUUUUAAGUCAAUCAAGUAAACCAGAUGAUAUGGCAGUCCAGGUUUGUACAAAUGUAUCGAAAUGUUAUAGUGUAGCAGCUCAAUUUGAGGGUUGUAGAGAAAAAAUACAAGAAACAUCGGCCAUUAUAAAAGAUUUAUGUAGAAUUCUCUAUUAUAAGAAUUUACCAAAGUUAUGUUCAGUAGUAACUGAAUGUGUGAGUGCUUUCUGUGUAGAUUUCUGGUUACAAACUAAUCUGUAUGAAUCGGGUGUACUAUGGCAUCUAUUACUUUAUUUAUUUAAAUAUGAUUUUACACUAGAAGAAGGAGGUGUAGAACGUGCAGACGGAACUAAUCAACAAGAAGUAUGUAAUCAGUUAGCCAAGUUAUCUAUAAAAGCUUGUGCUAGAUUAGGUGGUUAUUAUAGAUAUGAUAGUCCUUUAACUAGUCCAGAUAAUCCUACAGUCAAAAAAUCUCUACGAGCCUUAUUAACACCAUUCUUAGCUAGAAAAUUAUCAAAUGAAUCACCAGCUGAGUUAUUAAAAAUAUUAAACAGUAAUACAGAAGAUCCGUAUUUAAUCUGGGAUAAUGCAACCAGAGCUCAGCUGACAGAAUAUUUAGCAGACGAACAACAAAAAAUGAUCAAAACGGGAGAAUGUGAUAAAUCAUAUGGUGGUGAAUUUGUAUUUGAAGUACAUUCUAAAGAGUUAAUAGUGGGAGAAAUAUUUGUUCGUGUGUAUAAUGAACAACCAACAUUUCCACUGGAGAAUUCUAAAGGUUUUACGAUAGAUUUAUUAGAUUUUCUGGGAUCUCAGGCACAGUAUUUACAUUCCUUGUUAAUGUUACAACAACAGAAGAAAGCCACACAACAAUCAACUAAAGGAGGUAGAUUAAGUCAAGUAGAAAUGGCUCUAGAAGCUCUUCGUAAUGUAAUUAGAAAUAAUCCAGGAGUGGAGAUACAAUGUAUCGGCCAUUUUAAACUAUUGUUUGCUCUCCUCUGUUUAGAAGAUUGUGCCAAAUUACAACAGUUUGCUUUAGAGGUUGUUAAUUGUGUUACUGGUAAUCAGGAAUGUGUUAAUGACAUUGCUGCUGCUGAAGUUUUAUCAUAUUUACUGCUCACUUUACAAAGUUUACCACAAUGCCGACUGCUAGCAUUAGAAAGUUUAUUUGCAUUGAUGUCCAAUACAAAGAUAGUAAAAGAAGCCAUGGUGAAAGGUGCACUAAUAUAUUUGUUAGAUCUCUUCUGUAAUGCUACUCAUCCUCAGAUACGAGAAAAAACAGCCGAAUUAUUUGCCAAAAUGUUGUCUGAUAAAUUAGUUGGACCUAAGGUUCGCAUUAUACUCAAUAAAUUUUUACCAAGUAUAUUUAUGGAUGCAAUGAGAGAUUCUCCAGAAGCUAGUGUACAUAUGUUUGAAGGAAGUCAUGAAAAUCCAGAAUUAAUAUGGAAUGAUGAUGCAAGAGAAAAAGUCUCCAAUUUUGUUUUAAAAUUAAAAAAUCAACAUUAUCAAGCACAAAAAGAGAAUAUAGCAACUAAAUGGAGUAUACCAGAGGAAUUUUCAGUAGUUUAUAGUGAUAUACAAGGGGAGUUAACUGUGGGUGGAGUCUUCCUUCGUUUGUUUAUAACCAAUCCUGGCUGGGUUUUACGUAAACCUAAAGAGUUUUUAGUGGAGUUAUUAGAGAAAUGGACACAACUUGUUAGUAUAAAUAGUCCUGAUGGUGAAGUUCUGGAGACAGUAACAACAGCUGUAGUUUGUUUAUUUCAAGCUCAAUCUGGUCUGUUAGAUCAAAUACCACAGUUAGGUUAUGUACCUAAAGUCUUCCAGGCCAUGAGUUCACGUAAUAAUGCUAUUCCUAAAUCAGCUAUACAAGUUACACAUCAGCUGGCUAAUAAUGAGAUAUGUAUUCGUGCUAUGACAUCAUGUGAAUGUAUUGGACCUAUGAUUGUUGGUAUGAAAGCUAGAAGAGAUCAAAUAGCUCUGGCUGCUGAAGCCAUCAGUAAAAUGUUCGAUAAAGGGGAAGAAGAAUUAGUUGCACAGGCAUUAAAAGCUGAAUUACUUCCCUUCUUAUUACGGCUAUUAGAAGGAGGAUUAGAGGCUGUAGAAAAUCCUGCUGCUACUAAAGCUCAGAUAGUUAAAGCUUUAAAAUCCAUGCAAAGAAGUUUAUUGUAUGGAGAACAGAUAUCUGAAAUAUUAGAAAAAUCUUCAGUAUGGAAAGAAUACAGAGAUCAGAGACAUGAUUUAUUUAUAUCAGAUACCAAUAUAGCUGGUUAUUUAACAGGACCAACCGGACCGAGUGUUGCUGGUUACUUAACAGCAGGGACAAGAAGUACAUUACCUGAUGCCCCACCACCAUUAGAUCACGGCCAUGAUGAUCUACUUAAGUAAAUAUAUACAUAUUAAUAUUACAUAGAAACUCUGUGAUAUAGGUAAUAAACAAAACAAGGAUUGUCUCUAUCGAUCUGGUAUGAUAGAUCAAUAUUGGAUAUCUUGUACAUGGCUGAACAAAAUACAUUUAGUAUAUUUAUGUAUUUUCGACUAGUUGAUUACUGAUCAGAUGUUUGAAACUAAUUAAGUAAUCAGUAUGGUAAUAUGCAAAGACGUUUAUAUGCAUACUUACCAUCAUUUCUUUAUUUUAAAAUAGAUGCACUAUUUAAAUAAUAUAUGUAUGAUAUCAAGAAAUUCAUUUGUUAUUGUUAAUCAAAUUAAUAGUAUAUAUUUACUGUGCCAGAUAAUAUAAAUAACAUGACAAGUUAUAAAUAAUAUGUGUUAACCAAAUUAGGAUUAUAUUGAAAUCAUCCCAGUGCUGAGUGCAUACAUUCUUAAUCCAUAUUAUUAUAUAUGUAUGUAUACGUAUACUAUAUUAUAGAUAAACAAUAAAUUCAUCUUUGUUAUAUAUAUCAUUUCAUUGUUAUUGACUAGAUUUUGUUAUAAAGGCUGAUUGUAAACAAAUGUACAUAUUGUAUGUAAUAUAGAAGGACAAUUUGUUUUGUAUAUAUAAUAAAUACCAUGCAUCAUGAUAUAUUAGAUUAUACCUGUUAUUCUGUUUUAUAUACUUCUUUCUCAAUUCAGAUAAUUUUAAAACUUAUAAAGUAAAUUAUACUGAUGUAAGAAAUGGUUAGUAAGAUACAUGAACAAUUUCUAUAGGUCCUUUACAAGCCGUCGUAAUAUUAUUAUUUUAAUCAUGGUUCAAACGUAUGAAUGGAGUUUUAUUAUCAGAAAAGACAUGAAAUUUGAAAAUGUUCUACCUUUAGUAUCAACUAUUUUUAAGUGAUAAUAAUUUAAUUAUUUUAAAGAAAGAUACUCUAACUAUUCAAAGAUUGUUAUUGUUAUUAUUGUUACCAAAUACAUCUGUACAUGCAUUACACUUCACUGUCAAAUUCACAUCUAAAGCCAUAUAAUUUAGAAAAUCUUUUUCAAGAGCAAACAUAAUACUAUUUUCUGUUUUGAAGAAAAAGCAUUGGUUCCUCAACAUUCUAUCUGCAAUCUAAGAUACAUGUUUGAAUACUGUAGACUACUGUUGAGAGAGUUCUAAGUUAAAAAAUGCUGUUAUAACCCUGUUAAAACAUUUUUUGAAGGAAUUCUUUGGAGAUGGGGGUACAUAUACAAUUGAAAUCAUAUUGUGUUUGCUCUUUGAGAGGAGUUAUUAUGAAAGAUUUACGUCAGAAUUGACUGUUUGAUACAUAAAUAUUAAAGAGUAUUUUUCUAUUAAUUAUAUAGUGUAAAUAAGAUAUCUAUUACAGUGAGUUUACUUGUCUGCUUUGUUGCAUUAAGAAGAGUGAUUAUCAGAUCCGAGAGUAAAGCAGACUUCUUUCUUGUAUUCUACCCAAAAAUAUAGCUAGCAUUGUUAUAUUUUAUGGUAUCAGAGAGUAUAAUAGUAAACAUUAUUAUAUUUUCUGGUGUAAAAGACAGAUUAGGAAUAAGAUGUGGGUGUGUAUAUAAUCUAGUAUGUAUAAUCUAUAAUUUAUAACACAAGUGCAGUUUAGACACACCUGGUUGCACCUGUAUAUAUGUUAAUCCAGUUAUAACUAAUAAUAAUGCACAUUUUAUUUGCCUGGUAAUUAUAUGUAGAUAUGAAUAGAUGCAAAAUUAUAUUAUAUUUUUUCUUAAAAACUUACGGGCCUAAAUAAGUAUAAUGAUGGUGUUAUACAAAACAAUUGCAAGUAUGUACAUAUAUAUAAUACUAUAUACAUGUAUAUCUGUAUAUUAUUGCAAUGUGUUUCAUAUUCUUAUCAUAUUUUUUGCUAUACACAAUUAAUAAUUAACCGUUGAAUAUUCUUGUAUUACCACGAAUCUGUUCCUAGUAAAAUACUGUAUUAAAUAUCAAUCUUUUUGAUUUUAUUGGAUAUUUUGGUUAAUAAUAAAUAUGAAUUCAGAGUAGAUGUGUUAGUUUCGUUUAAAUCACUGUAUCAUGGGUUUGUAUCAUCUAUGUAAUUAGUCCUAAUUAAUUCACAUGUUAAUGAUGAUUUUGAUUUAGUUGAAAACACUACAGUAAAAGACUAGAAGUCUAUUGAAUAUAUGCUGAACAUGAAACUUGUAAAUAAUCUCUUAAUUAGAUGCUUUAGGCCAAUGGUAUGCUAUUUGCAGAUAUUUUGAAGUAUGACAUACAUAUUCUUAAAUUUUUCCGAAUCAUGUUGUUGGAUAGAUUUAUGUUACAGUAAAUGUGUUUUGAUAAGCCUGUUUUAUUGGACCUUGCUAAAUUAUUACAGCAUCUUAUGUUAUCAAUAAAUAUCGAUGAUGUAGCUUAUUUCUUUGCUCAUGAUGUAUUUCCCUAUAUUUUAUCUGGACCCAGGACCAUAAGUAUAUUUUUUGCGUAACUCAGAUUUUACUCAAAUUCACUCACUCAAAUAACUAUUAUUAUUGUAUUUUGCUUUGUUUUUACGUCUUGUUUUGAAAUUUAAUGAAAUGUCAUGCAAAUAUAGGUGUUGUUCCUUACUAUGAUUGAAAAUUGAGUGAUUAAAUGACAGUAGAAUUAUCUAUAAAUUCAUAUCAAUAUUUAGAGUACUGGAAAUCAGUUUAAGAUUUCAAAGUUAAGGUACCAUAGUAUUAAUCUUUCCUUCAACACUGGCCCCAAAUGGAUUGAAACUAUUGUAUUGUAUUUUAGGCAUGGUGGGGGGGGGGGGAGUUGCAAUUUUGAGUAAUUCAUGAGAUGUGUAAAAUCUUUUUAUGACCCUAGACCCCCGAGCUGUCCAGAACUUAAUAAUGUUAAAUAUUUGCAUAUAGUGUCAAGUUUAUCAGUGACAUUGUUGAGUACUUUUGUUAUUUAUUCAAGCUGAUGUUUUAGUUCAUGAAAUAUAAAUGUCAUGCCUGUUGUUGACUAUGUAUAUUGUCAUCUAUAUUAUUAUUCAUGUCAUUCAAACUACAUGAUUUAUUAUAAAUAAAUUAUCGAUUAUUUCAUAAA